UGAGAGCUUCUUGGUCGGUGGUCGCCUUGGAUGCAGUUAGAAUUCCAGAUGAGGUGAUGCUUCAUGUAAUACGCUGUCCCCUGCAGAGAGCUCUCAUCUCCAACACGGGGGUAUGGAUCCGCACCUUUUGCUCCACAAAGCCCCACUCAGUUCAGGGCGAGGACACCACAGAGACCCGUCUGAACCCCCUUAACAUCCAGAUGCUGUCGAGAACUCUCCAUGAGCAGAUAUUUCGUGGUCUACAGCCAGACUACUGUGAGGAGGCUGUGGACCGCAGUGUAAGGCACUUGCAGAAACAUCACCUGUGGGGGAGAGAAAUGUCACUGUUGCCCGACGUGGAGCUAAAGCUUUCCAAAAUGUACGGCCGCAAUAUCGACGAGCAUUUUCGUACUUUGGCCCAGAAGCAAAGUCUUCCCUACCUUGAAGCUGCCACCAAGAUGCAGCAAUCGGAGCCUCCUCCCAUGCCUCAGGAGUGGGCAUGGGAGGCUGGUUGGACACGCUAUGGGCCCAACGGGGAGUGUCACAGGGUUGAUUUCCCGGACGAGACUGCACUUGUGUUUGAUGUGGAGGUGUGCAUGACAGAGGGACAGUGUCCUACACUGGCAGUUGCUUUGUCUCCUACAAACUGGUACUCUUGGUGCAGCAAACGUCUGAUUGAAGAGCGAUACUCCUGGUCAAGUCAGCUGACCCUAGCUGACCUCAUCCCAUUGGAGACACAGGUGAACUCAGUCCGUCCUCCAGGGGGCCAGUGGAAGGAGCGUCUCGUUGUGGGGCAUAACGUCAGUUUUGACCGCGCUCACAUUAAGGAGCAGUACUUGCUGAAGGGCUCUAAGGUCCGCUUCAUAGACACAAUGAGUCUGCACAUGGCUAUCUCAGGCCUGACUGGCUUCCAGCGCACACUGUGGAUGGCCAACAAGCUGGGCAAGAGGAGGGGCCUCCAGGAGGUCAACCAACACAUGAAGAAAGUUGGACAGAAACUAGAUGGCCCAAAGAUUGGCUAUUGGGACUGGGUGAAUAUCAGCAGCAUUAACAACUUAGCUGAUGUCCAUGCUCUGUACGUGGGAGGGCCACCACUACAGAAAGAGGCAAGAGAGACUUUUGUAAAGGGCACCAUGAUGGAUGUCAGGAACCACUUCCAGGAGUUAAUGCAGUACUGCGCCAUGGAUGUUCAAGCCACCCAUCAAAUCUUCAUAGAACAGCUACCACUCUUCAUGGAAAGAUGUCCCCACCCGGUGACAUUCGCAGGGAUGCUGGAGAUGGGUGUGAGCUACCUUCCUGUAAAUCAAAACUGGGGGAGAUAUCUGGAAGAUUCCCAGGACAUUUAUGAAGAGCUCCAGCGGGAGAUGAAGAAGUCACUCAUGACUCUUGCUGAUGACGCAUGCCAGCUUCUGGAAGAUGAGAGAUUUAAAAAGGAUCCUUGGCUUUGGGACCUUGAGUGGGACGUACAGGAGUUCAAGCUGAAAAAACUGCCAGCCAGCAAGAAGAAACAAGUCAAAAAAGCAGCUGAAUCCCAAAUUGCUCCUCCUCUUCCAGACUGGAGGGAAGACGAAGGUCCACCAUCUGAAGAGGAAAUGACAGCAAGUUGCCCCAGUAGGUUGGCUGUUGAUAACCUGAAGGAAACAGUCAAUCGACUUCCCAAGAGAAAACAACACCUGCCUGGACAUCCGGGGUGGUACCGUAAGCUGUGUGAGAAGAUGUCUGAGGACGGCUGGUCCCCUGGAGCUAGUCUCAUUAGUCUUCAAAUGAGAGUGACACCUAAGCUGAUGGGUCUCACGUGGGAUGGCUUUCCCUUGCAUUACACUGAGAAACAUGGCUGGGGAUAUCUGGUUCCUGGACGCAGGGAUAACCUGAACUCCCAGGAGGGAAAUCUAGGGCCAGCUUGCCCUCACAGAGAGAUCGAGCGUGUUUACGGAGAGUACUGUGAGCAGAACAGCAAGGAGCAGCCUGAAUAUGAGGAGUGCACGGCAUCGGAUAAUCUCAUGUGGACAGACAGCACAGUUUGGGCAAAGGUGGAGGAGUUUGGAUCUUUGGAGAAUCUGACAGAGGAACAUGGAGCUAAUGCAAUAGCAAAUGAGAAACAACAACGGAGCCGUAAUUCCUAUUAUGCCCCAGAGGAGAGUGACUGCCCCUAUCACCAAGGAAUUGGACCCUACAACGAUGUCGAUAUACCCGGGUGUUGGUUUUUCAAAUUGCCACAUAAGGACGGCAAUCAAAAUAACGUCGGCAGUCCUUUUUCCAAAGACUUCCUGUCUAAGAUGGAGGACGGUACUCUGAGGGCAGGGAGGGGUGGAACCAACGCCACACGUGCCUUAGAGAUCAACAAAAUGAUGUCUUUCUGGAGGAAUGCUCAUAAACGUAUAAGCUCCCAGAUGGUGGUAUGGCUACGGAAGGGGGAGCUUCCACAUUUUGUGAGCAGGCACAAAGAGUUUGAUGAAGAGGGACAGUAUGGCUCGAUAUUACCUCAGGUUGUCACCGCUGGAACGGUAACACGCCGUGCUGUGGAGCCGACGUGGCUGACUGCCAGUAAUGCACGUCGAGACAGAGUGGGCAGCGAGCUGAAGGCAAUGGUGCAGGCACCACCUGGCUACCACCUUGUUGGAGCAGACGUGGAUUCCCAAGAGUUGUGGAUUGCAGCUGUGCUUGGAGAGGCCCACUUUGCUGGCAUGCAUGGCUGUACAGCGUUUGGUUGGAUGACCCUUCAAGGAAAGAAAAGCCAGGGCACUGACCUGCACAGCCGCACCGCUGAUGCUGUGGGGAUCAGCCGAGAGCACGCCAAGGUGUUUAACUAUGGCCGCAUCUAUGGUGCAGGACAGCCCUUUGCUGAAAGGCUACUGAUGCAGUUCAACCAUCGCCUUAGUCAGACAGAAGCUGCCAGUAAGGCCAGACAGAUGUAUGCUUUAACAAAGGGUCUACGCAGAUACCAACUGUCAGAGGAAGGCAAGUGGCUGGUCAAUGAAUUGGAAAUUGAGGUGGAACAGGAGGACGAUGGAAGCAUAUCCCUGCAGGAGUUGCGGAAGAUCAGUAGACUGGCUUCACAGGGAUCGCGUCGGAGAAGAUGGGAUUUGGUGAGAAAACGUUUGUGGUUUGGAGGCACAGAGUCAGACAUGUUCAACAAACUGGAGAGCAUCGCCCAUUCAGCACAGCCUGCUACACCUGUGCUGGGUUGCAGGAUUAGCAGAGCUCUGGAACCCAAAGCAGUAAAAGAUGAGUUCAUCACCAGCAGAGUAAAUUGGGUGGUCCAGAGCUCUGCAGUGGAUUACCUUCAUCUGAUGCUGGUGGCAAUGAAGUGGCUAUUUGAGGAACACAACAUUGAUGGACGCUUCUGCAUCAGCAUCCACGAUGAGGUACGGUACCUCGUCCGCAGUGAAGACCGAUACAGAGCGGCACUGGCACUUCAGAUCACCAACCUUCUUACACGGUGUAUGUUUGCACAUGCAUUAGGCAUGCAGGACCUUCCGCAGUCAGUAGCUUUCUUCAGUGCAGUUGACAUUGACACGUGUCUGAGAAAAGAAGUCACCAUGGAUUGCGUGACUCCCUCUAACCCCACAGGUGUGGAACGAAGAUAUGGACUUCCACCUGGUGAAGCCUUGGACAUCUACCAAAUAAUUGACAUCACCAAAGGCUCCCUCAAUAAAGGAGCCCAGGCAAAGGAUACACAGAACAAGUGAACAGAAGUGCCUGCUCAUCAGCAUGCAAGCUGGAGUUGCGUCGAACCAACAGAAGCAUCUCAGCUCAUUGUUUUCUCUUCUUCUGUUUGGGUUCUUGAGUCUCUUCCAAAUCUUGGGACACAGCCUUAAACAGAAUAGAGACAGAUGUAAACACUGAAAGAGGGCAGCAGCACAGAUUUUACCCCAUUGAGAUUCAUCCACUUAUUGUCAAUCUGACGCUUACCUCCUGACUGCCAUCCUGCUCUUGCAGGGCUGCGUCGAGGGUAGCAGCGUUGAUCCGGAAAUCUCGCGAUGUGCUCAGUUUCAUGUAUUGCAUCAGGUUCACCUGGGUGACAUUCAUUGCAUUUAGCAUUUUUUUUUUUUUACAGAAUUCUUUUGCACUGUAACCUCACACCUACUUUUGACUUCUUAGAGAGAGUGAUGAGGAAUUUCUCAUACUGUUCAAUGCUGAAGAUCAAAUUGGGAAUAACCUUUGUUUCACGGAGAAGUUUUGCCUACCCGGAAAGCCAAAAAAGAAAAACAGGUUGUGAUAUGUAGCUACAGUAAAUGUAAAUGUAUUAAUGAAUCCUCAUGAUCUAGUACAGUAUAUAUACAGUACUUGUUGAGGAAAAAUAAAUAUGCAUUUGUGUCAUUAUCAAAUGGUUCUAGGUCCCUUACAGAAGCAGCAGUGUUCACUUCAGUCCUUUUCUUUUUCUUCUUAUCGUCUACACCAGCAGCACUUGAAUCUCCACCCUGGAGGACGAUUAUUGUAACAUUCACCAACAGUAAUAACUUGUAACAUCUAUUCAUGAAGCCUGAAAUAUGUAUAGACUUGAACCUGGACAUAUGUGAUGAAAGAGUAGCAUUGUGGAGUUAGGUGGGAACCAGACAGUUUGACCUGCAAAGCAGCACAUACAAAAUACUUGGUAAGCAUGACAUCAAGCUCUAUUAGAAGACUCAGACCAAAACAAAACAAAAAAAGAGGCUCUCACCAGCUUCUCAAAGCGUGAAGGUAGUUUGCCACUUUGAGUGGCACACAUUUGGAUGUACUGUUAAAUAUGUACAUAGAUUUAUAUCACGGGGGGUUAAUUAAAAUCCGGUAGUAGUACAGAAAUACACACAUAUUUAACCAGCAUGGUGAGGAUGGUGUAGGUGCGACUCAGUUCUCUCAGCAAUGUGAUGGUACAAGUCCCAAGUUGCAGUGUGGUCUGGACCAACUCAUUUAGUGCUGUCAGAAGGGUGCCAAGCUGCAGUGUCACUGCUUUCUCCACAGGAUCCUGCUGACCUGCAGGCUGUGUGCUCUCUUCUCCUUGUCAGCAAAACAAACUAUAAUAAGUCUUUGCACCAUACUGUACAUGGACACGCACAAAUAACAGUUCAAUGACAGUUCAUACAAGUGAGCAUCAGUGUAAAAGACUCCCUACCAGGGCCUGAUUUGUCAGAGGCUGUCUGGCUUUUCUUUCUACAGAUCAGCCAGUCCACUUCAUCUAGCACCUUGUCCACUUGGGACAAGACCAGCAGCUAGAGCAAGAGAUUGGGGGGUGAGGGUGCAACUAUAUUGAUAAUUCAACAAAGUGAGUUGAGAACUUUAAAAAAGGAAAGCACUUACUGCUGCUGCUGUUGCAGUCUUCUUGUUGACAAUAGCAAAGUGAGACUGUUCUUCUACCUCCACAUCCUGGUAAUACAAACAUAAAUGUAUGUUUAAAAAAAACAGCUGUGUCAGUGGUGAUAUCGUUCUAUUUUGCUCAGUAUCAGACAACCGAGUUGGCUUGAAGGUUACCAAGUUUGGACCCUAUAUGUACCUGAUCAAUAUCACCCAAAUGGCUGUGGAUGUCCUGGCAGAGUUCGAGCAGCAAGCUGGCAGGGCUCUUAAAGAGAACAUGCAGACUGAAGAGAAGCGAGAGCAGCCCCUUGGACAAAGCUGGGUCCUCUACAAACAAGGAGAUGUUUGAAUUAAAACCAAACAACAACAUUUGCUGGUGCUGACUCACCAAAGUGCGUCUCCUUGCAGAUUUUCACAGUCCAGGUGAUCAUCUGAACAAACUUAAUUUGAUGCACAUGUGUUAGCACACCGAGCAUCAGUUUUGUCCUAAGAGCAAU